CAUCAAUCACGUUACGACAUUUCUUUUCUCCCAACGGCGUCGCCUCCUGCCACCACGACAACCCGACACCACGACAUGCCCGCGCCCCGGACUGCGCGCACCCCCCAGCCACCCCGAUGAACCACGACCACCGCGCCACCGACCCCUCCACGCCGGAGGAGUCGUCCUCGUCCUCCCGCCACAAUGCCUCGACCCCCGACCCGUUCGUCCCUCGCGUGCCUGGCGCACCCGGCUACAUGACCGUCGGCUCCGGGUCGACCCCCGAGGCCGCCGCGCGCCUGGUGUCGAUGCUGGACGACGACUCGGGCUACGGAGGCAGCCUGCGCGACGGCCAGAGCGCCGGCCCCAGCUGGCCCGCGGCUAUCGGCGAGGACCAGCCGUCGCUGUCGCCCACCACGCUGCCCGCCGCCUCGGGCAACUCGGAGCACGACCGCCAGCGCAGCCACGUGAUGCAGCUGCGCUACAACCAGAACAAGAACGCCCUGGGCCGCGCCAUCCACGGCACCAUCGAGACCCUCAAGAGCUUCCAGGAGACGAACCUCAAAUGGCCCGCCGACUACCCGUCCAUCCAGAAGGAGCGCAAGCCGUCACAGAGCCGCGACCCCCGCCCUGGCAUCCACCACACACAGUCGUCCAUCGGCGACUUCGACCCCGCCAUGCGCUCGCCCGAGCGUCCUCGCCCGCCGCGCCGCGCCGGCACCUCCAUCGGCGACGACCCCAUUGUCGAGUCGAGCUCGGCCGCCGCCGCGAAGCAGAAGGAAGAACCGCGCCUGGUCACCCACAAGCUCGCCCAGGACUUCUCCGUCCUCAAGCUGGAGCUGCGCAUGGGCAGCCGCACCCAGACCGACCUCGUACACUCCCUGGAGAAGUCGUCGAUUGCCUCGCUGCUCGACGGCCAGAUCCAGCAGAGCAUCCGCCACCUGUACUCCAUCAAGGAGCGCAUUGAAGACACCUCCAGCAAGGUGCUUGUGACGGGCGAUCUCAACGCCGGAAAGUCCACAUUCUGCAACGCUCUGCUGCGGAGGAAAGUGCUGCCCGAAGACCAGCAGCCGUGCACGAGCAUUUUCUGCGAGGUGCUGGACUUCAAGGAGAACGGCGGCAUUGAAGAAGUGCACGCCAUCCCCAUCGGCUCAAAGUACAACCGCAACAACGAGGCCACAUACACCGUGUUUGAUCUGAAAGAUCUCGAGAAGAUCGUCAUCGACAACGAGCGCUGGGCCCAGUGCAAAGUCUACAUCCAGGACAUUCGCGACGUGGACCAGUCCAUUCUGAACAACGGCGUUGUUGACAUUGCGCUCAUCGACGCUCCCGGCCUAAAUGCCGACUCGCUGAAGACGACUGCCAUCUUUGCCCGACAGGAGGAGAUUGACGUGGUUGUGUUUGUUGUGUCUGCAGCCAACCACUUCACCGAAUCUGCGAAGAACUUCAUUUUCAGCGCUGCCCGCGAGAAGGCUUACAUGUUCAUGGUCGUGAACGGCUUUGACGUCAUUCGCGACCAGCGUCGCUGUCAAGAGAUGAUCCUGAAGCAGGUCUCUGGCCUCAGCCCGGCCACUUUCAAGGAGUCAAGCGAACUGGUGCACUUUGUUUCGAGUAACGCUAUUCCUAUGGGCGCGGGCGGCUCACCACCAGGUGGCGAUGGCGACGACGACCCAUCAGACAAAGGAAAGGGCAAAGAGGCAGAGAAGAUGCGCGACUUCAGUGACCUCGAGACCUCUCUACGACGCUUCGUACUGGAGAAGCGCGCCCGGUCGAAGCUGGCACCUGCCCAGACCUACCUCCUCAACGUUCUCGGGGACCUGCACAACCUCGCUGAGCACAACCACAAAGUCUCCAAGGGCGAACUCGACCGCGUCACAAAAGAGCUCCAAGCGCUCGAGCCCGAGUACGAGUCCUCGAAGAAGGCCCGCACCGAAGCCGGCGAGCAGGUCGAGCGCACCGUCGAAGACACCACCGCCGACGUCUACAGCCACACCCGCGACACCCUCAACACCUGCAUCGCGCGCAUCGGCGAGCACGACAUGGGCAUCGAGUACCCGGGCCUGUUCUCCGCCUACCAGUACGCCGAGGACCUGCGCGACUCGAUGCUGCACGAAGUCACCGAGACGGUGCGCCUGUGCGAGGAGCACGCCCGCUCGCAGGCCGCCGCCGGCUACAACGGCCUCAAGAACCUGGGCAUCAUGCACCUCGGCGACGACAUCCACGCGGGCGUCAAGUUCCUCCCCGAGCGCAUGUUCAGGAAGAACAUGCAUGCGCUCGCCCGCCAGGUCGACAUCGACAUCGAGCUGUGGGACUUCUUCGACGUCGCCGGCCUGUGGGAGCGCCAGGAGAAAGUCGCCGGGACCAGCAUGGCGCUCACAGUCGCCGGCGUCGUCGGCGGCCGCCUGGUCGGCGGCGUGGGCUGGCUGGACGGCGCGCUGGGCGCGGCCAAGAUCCUCGGCUCGAAGAACAUGCAGCGCCUGGUCAUCCCGGGGCUGCUUGCCGGUGCCGCCCUCGCCCUCUCCUACGUCCUGACCUCCGUCCCCUCCUCCCUGCCCCCCCGGCUAGCCACCAAACUCGCCCACCAACUCGCCGCCAUCGACUACACCCACGCCACCGCGUUGCGCACCAGCGCCGAGAUCCGCCGCGCGCUCAAAACCCCCGCCAACGACGUCCGCAUCGGCCUGCAGCGCAACGUCGAGAAGCUGCAGCGCCAGAGAGAAGAGAACGCGCGGUUCCGCGGCGAGGCUGAGGUCGCGGUUAAGUAUUUUGGCAAUUUGGUGAGGAGGAGUGGGGAGUUGAGGCAGACGGUGCAGAGGGUGGAUUUGGAGGCGCCGGUGGUGUGAGCGUGAGAUGGUGGGCGAACGCUGAACGAGUGCCCAGUGCGUAAGCGGUAGAUAUUGUACAAAAGGAAAUUCCGGCGUUCAGAGGCGCGGAGACAGAAGGGAUGUUUAUGUGUUACGGUCGAUGGUCGAUGAUGGGGAAACGCUCUACAUAUUCUUAUGGGAGAUGCUGUAUAUGCCUUAAUUCUAUACCCCUCUUGCUUUACCGGACGGCUUUUGCUUUGCUAC